GGCAAUCGAACAAUAACAAUUUAAAAUGAGUUCCGUAGACUGGGACGAAGUAAAAAGAUUAGCCGCUGAUUUUCAAAAGGCACAACUAAGUUCCACGCUACAAAAGUUAUCAGAACGUAAUUGUGUAGAAAUUAUAACAAAUCUGAUAGAGACAAAACUAUUAGAUGUAAUAUUUACCAAUGAUGGUAAAGAAUAUAUUACACCUCAACAUCUGGGCAAAGAAAUCAAAGAUGAAUUGUAUAUUCAUGGUGGUAGAAUCAAUUUAGUUGACUUGGCACAAAUUCUUAAUGUUAAUUUAUCUCAAGUAUCUAAGGUGGCAAAUGACAUAGAGAAACAUAGUAAAGGAUUAAAGAUAAUACUUGGACAGCUUAUUGAUAAAUCUUAUACGAAUAAAAUUGCUCAAGAAAUCAACGAUAAACUAAUACAACAUGGUUGUAUUAAUGUAGCAGAGUUGACAAUACAUUAUAACUUGCCAGCUGAAUUUUUACAAUCUUUAAUUGAAAAAGAAUUAGGAAAAACAAUAUAUGGCAAACAAGACACACAAGAUUUUAGAGUUUUUUACACAGAAAGUUUCAUAGCUAGAAAUAAAGCAAAAGUAAGAGGUGCCUUAUCUGCAGUCACAAAGCCUACACCAUUAUCAGCAAUUCUAGGACAAUGUUCAGUUUCAGAAAGAAUAUUUUUUUCAAUUCUGGAUAGCUUACAAGAAAUGAAGCAAAUUCCUGGUAUUGUGGCAGGAAAACAGGGAACAAAUAGUUUUUACAUACCAACAAUAUAUUCCAAAAGUCAAAAUGAAUGGGUGGAUAACUUUUAUAAACAAAAUGGUUAUUUAGAAUAUGAUGCACUCACUCGUCUUGGAAUAUCAGAUCCACCAAACUUUGUGAAGCGUCAUUUCCCAAAUGAAAAUGUAGUCUUAUUAGAUUCUGUUGCUGUGGGUACAAGUAUUAGGGAUCUAAUUGAUGCAAAUAUUGAAGAAGCUAUUUUAACUGGAUCUUUUGUUGAUAUAAGCCCUCUUCUACCAUCUAUAUUUUCUGAUAAAGAUAUGGAAAUGCUUCUUAAAAUUGCAAAGAAAAAGAUAAAUAAUAAUACAUAUGUAUUUGCAAAAACUGUAGUAAUGUCUAAUGCGUUUUUACAAUCUUUAAAUAAAUCACUUGAGUCAAUGGCAGAAACAAAAGCUAGAGAAACGGUAGCUAGUGGACAAUGGUUUCAAACAAUAGCCGAGAAUAGAAUUAAAUCUAAAUCGGCAGAUGUAAUAUUCGAAAGUAAAGGAAGUAAAGACGAGGAACGUCGUAAAAAAGCUAAAAGUGGCAAAUCAGGUGGUGGUUUUCAUGGAAGAGAAAUAAAAACAAAAUCUACUAAAAAAAAGCAUCUACAAGGAAAAUGUCGUGACAAUGAAUCUGAUGAUGAAGAUUUUAAAGUCACACCAACUAAAAUUAAACUUAAAUUAAUAUCUUUAGAAGAUAUAAAAGAUGAAAUUACAAAAGAUGAUAAUUUGGUAGUAAUUGAUGAUUUAGUAGAGGAAUUGGCAUCAUACUUAGAAGUAAAAAUAAAUGAUUAUGCCAUAACCUUUGCAGAUCAAUUAGCACAAAAUAAUAAACCCACUAAUUUAAGUGAAAUUGAAGAACGUUUGAAUGUUUUAAUAACAAACAUUAAGAUAUUUGACAAAGGCAUCAAGCAUAUGGAUAAAGCAGAUCAACCUGCUUUAACAAAGUAUUUACUAAAAUCUCUCGGUACUGAUUUUGUAAAUGAGUUAUUUAAAUUAGCCGCACAACAAAACAUGCUUCAAUUUCCUGAAAAUAUUACCACCGAAACGAGACAAAAAAUGUUACUAAUUCUGCCGGAAGAUGUUAAAGAGCCUUUAAAUAACAUACACAAAUGUAUUACUGGAAAUUCCAUAGAUGAUUUCUUGAAUUUUGUAGAUGCAGCAAUGGCAACUUGUUGUUUGAUAUUAAAAAAAUAUGAUAAAAAGAAAGAAAGACCGUUUAUUUUGGGUCAUAAAGAAGCCUUAUUAGAAGAGCUCAAUAGUACACAAGAUCCAGCAUUAGCACUACACUUAGUCACAAGUAUAUUAUACAUUGUUUCAACACAGAAUGUUCUACACAUGUCUGGCAGAUAUGUGUCUACAGUUCUUUCAUUUCUUCGAACAUACUUGCAAACUUCAACCAUGGAAGUGCUAUCUAAAUAUCAUGUCAAUAUUCAUUUAUAA